GGAAAGCUUGAUAAUGGAGAUUGUAAGUGCACCAUUUGGAUAAAGUUUAUUUCUAUUUUUGGAUUUUCGAUCGGAUUAUUGUACCGUACAUACGUCCACUACCGGUGUGAGGAGUGUCUUGCAUUGUUCUUCAAUGGCCUCCUAUAAGAAUUUUGAUGAGGCAGAAAUCGGAUCGUUGUCGCGAGUUGAUAAUGAAAACUACUACAUUCACAAGGUUGGAGCACCACACAAACACGGCCUCUUAAAGGAAUUGAAGAGUUCCUUGAAAGAAACAUUCUUCUCCGAUGAUCCUCUCCGCCCGUUUAAGGACAAGUCCUUGUCUAGAAAGAUCGUCCUAGGUUUCCAAGCCGUCUUCCCCAUUCUUGAAUGGGGACGACACUAUAACUUGUCCAAGUUUAAAGGAGAUCUCAUUGCCGGCCUAACCAUUGCCAGCCUUUGCAUUCCUCAGGAUAUUGGGUACGCUAAGCUUGCGAAUUUGGAUCCACAAUAUGGAUUGUACUCGAGCUUUGUUCCUCCACUUGUUUACGCCUUCAUGGGUAGUUCUAGAGACAUAGCCAUAGGACCGGUGGCGGUCGUGUCUUUACUUCUCGGAACACUUCUUGAUAACGAGAUUGAUCACAAGAAAAAUCCAGAAGACUAUCGAAGGCUUGCAUUUACUGCAACAUUCUUUGCCGGAAUUACUCAAGCCACACUUGGUGUCCUAAGAUUGGGAUUUUUGAUUGAUUUUCUAUCCCACGCUGCGAUUGUCGGUUUUAUGGGCGGAGCUGCCAUCACCAUCGCCUUGCAACAACUCAAAGGUCUCCUUGGAAUCAGCACCAAUCACUUCACUAAGAAAACCGAUAUUGUCUCGGUUUUGCGCUCCGUUUUCAUUUCAGCCCACCACGGAUGGAAUUGGCAGACAAUAGUGAUUGGAGUAAGCUUCUUGGCGUUUCUUCUAUUUGCCAAGUUCAUUGGAAAGAGGAAUAAGAAGUUGUUUUGGGUACCCGCGAUCGCUCCUCUUAUAUCCGUCAUUCUCGCAACGUUUUUCGUUUACAUUACUCAUGCUGACAAGCAGGGAGUUCAAAUCGUGAGGAAGAUUGAGCGAGGAAUAAAUCCAUCUUCGGUGAAUGAAAUAUACUUCUCGGGUAAAUUUCUCAUGAAAGGCUUUAGAAUUGGUGUGGUGGCCGGACUAAUAGCGCUAACGGAAGCCGUCGCGAUUGGAAGAACAUUUGCUUCCAUGAAGGAUUAUCAACUAGACGGGAACAAAGAAAUGGUAGCUCUAGGAACAAUGAAUGUCGUCGGUUCAAUGACAUCUUGUUACGUUGCUACCGGCUCGUUCUCCCGGUCGGCUGUGAACUACAUGGCAGGUUGUCAAACCGCGGUUUCUAACAUUGUUAUGUCAUGUGUCGUGUUGUUAACUUUGAUGUUCAUCACGCCUCUUUUUAAGUACACCCCAAAUGCCAUUCUUGCUUCCAUAAUCAUAUCCGCGGUUGUUAGCCUUGUCGACGUGGAUGCAGCCAUUAUGAUAUGGAAAAUUGAUAAGUUCGAUUUCGUCGCUUGCAUGGGAGCGUUCUUUGGUGUGGUCUUCGACUCCGUUGAGACAGGUCUAUUGAUCGCGGUGGCGAUAUCUUUCGCUAAAAUCAUUCUUCAAGUAACGAGGCCACGAACAGCUUUACUUGGACAAAUCCCCAAAACGAAUGUUUAUCGCAACAUUCAGCAAUACCCGGAGGCGAGGAAGAUAAAUGGGCUUUUGAUUGUAAGAGUUGAUUCAGCAAUUUACUUCUCCAACUCCAACUAUGUCAAGGAAAGAAUAUUGAGGUGGUUAGGGGAUGAGGAAGAGAAGUUGAAACAAGUCGGGCAUCCAAGAAUACGGUUUUUGAUUGUUGACAUGUCACCCGUUAUUGAUAUUGAUACGAGUGGCAUUCAUUCACUCGAAGAGUUACAUCGAAGCAUCGCGAAAAGAGAAAUUCAACUUGUUCUAGCGAACCCGGGGCAAGUGAUAAUUGAAAAAUUAUAUGCGGCUCGAUUUGCUCAACUAAUUGGUGAGGACAAUAUCUUCCUUACAACAGGAGACGCGGUCGUCUCAUGCUCAUCAAAGUUGGUCGAGCAAGUUUGAGGACAGAUCGAGGAAUGAAAUAUAUGUUAUAUAUUUUGUCCCCACAAUGUACUUUACCAUCUUGUCUUUUAUCCAUCAAAAUUUAUAGCAAUAAUUUAAAGAUGCGUGGUAAUAUAAUUUAUAAAAAAAAAAAGUGUUUACCAAAUUUAGUGUAUUUCUACCAAACUUUGAUAAACAAAAUGUAAGCAUUGAAGAUGUGAAAUAAAUUUCCAAAUACACACAUACAAGCCAUAAGAACAUCAUCCAAU